AAAAAAAAAAAAAAAAAAAAAGUCCGCGGGGAAGUUCCCCAGGAAAUCCCCAGUUCGGGGAUAUUAUUCUCGACACUGAUGCGCCAAAUCUCCGGCAGAAUUUACCUCCUUCUGAAAGACACGGGGUGAGAAGCAGAGGCGUCAAAUGCUGGAUGGUUAUUGUUAAAAGAGUCGCUCGGUGUAUUGAGUGUAAAAAGUCCGCCAUGGAUAGCGCCAGUUUCAGCUCUGAGGGAGACGCGCUGCUGAGGGAGAAAACGCGCAGCUUCGGCGUCAUGAACACACUUUACCACGAAACCAAGGAGGAGAUGGAGCUGCUCAACAAGCAGAUCUGCCUAAAGGACAAUAUUAUCGCAGACCUAAAGUCCAGGCUGGCCAGACAUGAGAGGAUCUACAUGACGGUGGGAGAUGAUGAGCCUGUGCUCGUCGGACCGUCCAACUCACUGGUGGAAAGCCUGCUGAAAGAGAUGUGCAAGAUGAAGCACAAGAGGAACGACAUGGAGCUCAAAGCAGCCCGACAAUCAGAGGAGAUCCAGAGGCUUAAUUCACAAGUUAGGGAGAAGGAGCUGGAGCUGGAGCAGAUCCGGUGUCAGCCAGACCAUGAGAAGGACCGGGAGAUCCAGAGACUGCGGGCAGCCCUGGAGGAGAGGGAGCGUGCAGAGGCCACCAGGACUGUCCUCUGCUCGUCGCUGGCCGAGGAGGCCGACCAGCUGCGGGGUCAGCUCGGAGCCACCGUCAAGGUGUGCCAGGAGCUGCUGACCAGGCUGGACAAGGAGAAGAAGGGGAUGGGUGGAGAAGUGGAGGAGCUGUCCCAGCAGCAGAGUACCAAAGAUACAGCUGACCUCCUUGACUUGAGUGCAGCUAAAUCCCAAAUUCGACAGCUUCAGGAAGAAAAUCAACAACUGAAGCAGCGCGUGGUUUAUGUGCAGGAUCUAAACUCCCAGUGGCAGAAAUACGACUCCAGCAGGGAGGAGUACAUCAGGGCUUUGUGUCAGAGGCUGAAGGAGAGCUCCGGCCAGGGCCUGCUGCCGGGGAUGGGCUCCAUCAGAACAGGGAUCCUCCAUCAGGAGAUUUCCAGGCUCAACUCCUUACUGGAGGAGAAAAUCAGGGAGUGUGCAAGGCUGGACAGAGAAGUGGAGGACACGAGGAGGCAAGGACAUGAGCGUAUCCAGACACUGGAGCAGCAGGUCCUAAUCUACACAGAAGACUUUAAGUCGGAGCGUGCUGAUAGAGAACGAGCUCAAGGUCAGAUCGCUGACCUGAAGGAGCAGAUUUCUCAGUUAAAGCAGCAGCUGCAUAAACAGGGAGCCAGCAGAGAGAGCAGAGACGUGGUCCCCCUGUGCCGUGUCCACAUAGGACACAGGAUCUCCCCAAGGAGAAACAAGGACUCCUCGGAGCCCCUGCUGAGGGCGGCCCCUGAAAGGCAGCAGCCACCCGCUCCGCCACAGCCAGCUGCAACAUCUGCAGCCGCAGCAGCAACAAACUGGAGCGAUUGCCCAGGACCGUCAGAGCUACAGUGUCCGCAGUGCCACGCCAGGUUCAAUGACACUGAGGCCGCAGAGUGCAUAAAGCAUUUUGACGAGUGCGCCCGGCUAUAAGAGGCACGCUAUUGUUACCUAACACUGUUUACCAGCACUACAAGGCAGAAAAAUCAGCGGGUUGGACGUUCAAGCUCCUGACUACAAACGAAACAACUGACUGAAGAUGCUUCUCAAACAAUGACGCAAAACCCCAAAGUUUCCCUGUUGCAAGCUUUCUGAGUCUGCAUGAACCCCCUUAUGAGUUCUCCUUUGGUAGGAGGGGAGGCCAAAAUGCAAUAUCAUAUACUCAGAUGUAUAUAUAUAUAUAUAUAUAUAUAUAUAUAAGUAUGUAUUUGUAUGUAUAUGAAUAUUAUAUAUAAUUUCAAAUACCUCAUGGUUAAAUUACAAACUUGCUGCACUUUCUUCACAUUUAACCAAACCUAUUGUAGGAUUGUACGAUUGAGAGAUGAUUGAUAAGCUUCUUCCUUUGGAUUUAGACACAUGGUGCUAAUAUUAUGUUUUCAUUGGAUUUUGUUUUUAAUAUAUAUAUAUUUUAAAUGGCAGAUGUAAAAUAGAAGUGUAUUGCUAUAUUGAUAUUUAUUCUCCUUGUAUGUCUAACUGGAAGACACAUACAUUUUUUUCUAAAGACCUGUUUUUAUGUUUUAAAUGUAACAUAGAUAUUUUGUUAACUUUUGGGAACAAAUAAGUAUAAAAUAUAUUACAGCAAGCCAAACGUAUUUGAUCAAACCUUUUUAAAGGGUUUAUAUGUAAAGAUUGCAACCAAACUGACAACAUGGAUGUUGUUUUCGUCUAUUAUUUUUUGU